GGUUUCUCAAAUUUUCAGUCCUCUAUUUUUGUGACAUUGACAUUAACAGAUAACCGCACUUUUUUGAAGAAAUUUGCGGCUAGUUGCUGGGAUUGCUGCUGAAUGCUCAAAUUGGAAUUAUGGGACUUGACUAAUACGAAAGUAUCAGUUGGAUUCGUUUGAGAAUACACAGGAAAUUGAAUAAAAUUAAGGCAAAAUGUCUGGCGAUAAAGUCGAACUUGUAGACGAAAUAUUACCCGUUUGGAAAAAGAUUUACCCAGUAAUAUCUGGCGAUAAUUCAAAUAUCACUUAUGAGGUUGUAGAAGAAUUACUAACAUCAAAUAAAAAUAAGCUACAACAAAACUUGUUGGAAUACAAACAGUAUACAAGAGAAAGCUUCAAGGCUUGGAAGGGACAAACAGGACUUAAAGACCUUGUAAGCGAUGAUGAACUAUGCAAUUUUAUCCACCUUCUCAGCAGAGAAUUGGACUUGGAUGUAAAUGUAGCAUGGAUUGUACUAUGCAGCUUUCUUAUGUUUGAAUACUAUGGCCAUGUUGAUGAAUUAAAGCUAAUUGUGAAAUUUGAUACCAACACAAAGCAUUUCAUCGAUGCUGUUUGGAAAUUUUACUCUGGCGAAAGAAUGUUUUUAAUGAAGACGUUAAGAUAUAUAUUUGAAAAUUGCACAAACAAGAAACACAUCUUCUAUAAACAGUUAUCUAAAUUUGUCAACUCUUUAAAUAUGGACUUGUUAACAAAUAAUCUUGUGACAGUCAUAAAAAAUCUGAUUGUUGAAGUGGAUAAAGAUAGAGCGCAGUUGGUAACUGAAACAGCAUUAGAUAGAUGGAUCCAUAGGAAUCAUAGAGAGCAAAUUGAAGUACUGUUGCUGCUUAUUCACACAAUUCAGCACUGUAAUAUAGACAGGAAAAUGCUGGAAAAUAUCCUGCCAGUAUUUUUGAAGCAUGGCUUUGGAAAAUAUCCUUCACAUGCUCGGGCUCUUGUUAUAUCUAGACCAAAGGAUAUAGCAGAAAUAAAGGCUGCAGAAAUUGGUUUUACUCUAGCCGUGAUGAAUUUCUACUGGAAAAACCCGGGCGUCUGUGAACCAUUACCAAAAGAAAUAGAGGAGAGUUAUGAAUUACUAGAGUGUCAGACGGAUGGUUGUAUAGUUCUUUUAGCCUGGGCUACCCUUAAAAUUUCUGUUGUUAACACUGAUGAAUCUCUGGAAUAUCUCAACACUUUAUCAACAAAAAUAAUAGACAAAAGUGUUUUCAGAAACAUUCAUGGAUUGAUGACCAAUGAAAUUUUUGCUAAAAAUAAGGCUGGUGAUUUUGUAAUAGAUGCAGUAUAUCGGCUUAUGACGGAAGUUUGUAAAGUUUGUGGUGAUAUCUGCAAUAUAUUCGAUAUUGAUGGGGUUGAUGAUAUAAUUGCAGAGUUGAUAAGGAGAAAAGGAGUUGUUGUCUUGGAUGAUACUUUGGGAAUUUUAUUUGAAAGAGCAUUAGAAAUAUUUCCAUUCGUUUUGAAAUCAUUUUUAGUGAUAUGUAAAGCGCUUCUGGAGAUACCAGAAAAAACUGAUAUUAUUAUGAAUCUUUUGAGAAACAUACCUACUUUCCUAGCUGAAAUCCCUUGGGAUUCUCAUAACGAUACAACUCAUUUGGCAAAACCACACAAACUAUUCAUUGACAGUCACAUGUUCAUGAUCCCUGAAGGUACUCUAGUAGAAAGAAUAAGGUACAAAAUAUACGAAAUGUCGAAGUUCCACUAUCCAUUCAGUUUUUACAAGCUAAUGUCACAAUUCAUCAUAUCUCUGAACACUAUAACAUUUGAAAUUGGAACUGGAUGGCAUUGCUACAAUAAUUUGAAGGAGCUAGUUCGAGACGGUUUUGACUUUAUCAACAGCGUUUUGGAACACUAUAAAGGCGAUUAUCGAGCUGAUACUGAGAUUAGAACGUUAGUACAAAGGCUAGAUGUUGUUCCAAUUCAGUUUUGCGAAGGUCCCGCUAAAAACUUUGAUCUCAUAAGAUUGUACUAUAAGCUGAAUACUACGUUGAUUAAACGAGAUAUGCUGAAUUUUUACGAAGCUUUUCCAGUUUUAAUGAGAAAAAUGUGUUUUCCACAAGUGACAGAUCUUGAAAAUAUCGAUGGCCAGAUGAUGGCUGAAAAUGUUCAUGGUUCGUCUUUGUUAUUGAAGAAUUUAAAAGAUGAAGAGAAUUUCACUGAUCAUUCACUACUGCUAACAUAUCUUGAGCUUGUACUAGAUGCUGUUCAGAAAGAAAGAUCCUACAAGGAAUUACAAGCCGGUGGUCUGUGGUAUAUGUUGAACGUAGUAUUUCCCCUCUAUCAACAGUGGAACUACGAUAACCCACAUCAAAAAACAUUAAUUUGCAAAACAUGUCUGACCUGUUUCACGUACGUGUUGAGACAUUAUACGAACAAGCAGGACAAUGGAAAAUACAUCUGUAAUUUGGUCCUCAGUAGUUUCCUUUUUGAAAAUUUGACAAUGAAUACCUUGGUAUCGAUAUUUUUGAAGGACAAACAUCACUUACAAGAGAUGAUGGAAAGAGAUUCAAAUUGGUUAGGUGGUCCUAUCUUGAGUUACAUAAAUUGCAUGAAAUUGCAAUUGGUGAUGUUACUAUUAUUGUAUGAACAGAAGAUGAAAAUCAAGAAACCAUCUUCUGUAGAUGUUCGCAUCAGCGAAAUAUCGAGAGUUGUGUCGGCCAAUAUAUUAAAUCCAUACUCUGUGAGCUUAAGAAUACUAUCUUGCAAAUUUCUAGAACUUCUGGCUAAGGAUGAGAAUGCUCCACUAAUGGCACUGUUGGGGCUUGACUAUGAUCAAGUUCAAAGGGUAUUCUUGGAUAGACUGAGGGACCCAACUGAAGAUGAUAGUUUGAAAAUGCAUAUUUUAGAUUUGAUUAGCAAUUGUAUUUUCCAUCAACACGGAAUGACAGCCGCCUUUUUAAUGUCAAAAGCUCGAAAAAAUGGUAUACUGACAAUAGGGAUAAAACUAUCGAAGGAGAUACCGUUGGUGACUUUAUGGUAGAUUAUUUGCGAAAUGUAAAAAAGGUAUAUGAAAAUAUUUGCUUGAAAAUGCUUGUACUAUAAAUUUUCUUUUAUUUUCAGUCUCACGAGUACUUGCGGUACCCUCUUCAAAUCGCUAUCCUUGGCGUAAUGGCAAACCUGUGGGUUAGCGGUAAACAUAAUCUCAUAUCAGAACUGCUUUCUCUCAAAGUGUUUUGGCCACUUUUAUCAGAACCAUUAUUUUGCGAAUUUAACCAGCUACCUACAGUGUACACUCAUAUCAUAAGAAUUUUUUGUGUACAAUUGAACGAACCAGAAAAUGAUCCUAUCUUCUUAGCACAAGUCGAGAAAUUUGUUACUAGUAAGAAACAAAUGGAGCUAUGGGAAAGAUAUCUUAUAGGCAUCUUCAAAACGGACACCUCUGACGAGGCACUGAUAAAAAUUCGAAAGGACCUUCUCGAAGUGUGGACAGAGUUUCUGGUUAUCAUCGAAAAGCAAACAAAUCUGAGAAAAUUUGACAAAAAUACCAAAAGGCUGUUCAUAGAAAUGUCAAUAGGAGGAGUUCGCACAAAACUAGUCAACAUGUUUUGCCUAGAUAGUUGGAUGAAUCUUGCACUAAUACAACUUGGAAAUUGGGGGAUACACGAAUCUCACAAAGACGAUGAUCUUAUUAUUUUGGUGAAAGAUAUGUUCAGCGUUGUCAGGGUUCGGUAUAGCACCAUGAGGAGUCACAUGCGAUCUACGCUCUUAGCUUUCGCAUAUAAACUUAUUGUAGAAUUAAAGAAACAUUUUGAAGAGAAUGAUACAGAUUUGCUAGAACUUCUAGAAUACCUUAGCCCCCUUAUAGACUACGAGUAUGAUGUUCUUGAGAAAGAUGUUUGGAAAGACAAGAAUAUGAAACACCGGGAGAAAGCUUUAUUUUUACCAUGGAUGAUGUGCUACAAUAUAAUAAAUGAAAUACUUAAAUAUAAAAAUGUAGAAGCAUGUAAUAUGUGGUUCGUUUACCAUAACCAUUUAAAAAGAACAAUGAAUACAGCAGUACACUUGAUGAACAAUAGAAACACGUUGAGAAUGGUCAAAGUACCUAUAUAUAGUAUGUUCUUGUACAUCAACACAGGAAUGUGGUUAGAUUUUCUGCCAUUAUUAGCUGAACUAAAACAGUUCUAUAAUCUUAUUGAAGAUCCCAUUGCAUGGUAUUUAAACGAACUUACAAGGGUGAAUCUUUUAACAAUAGAAGAGGUUUGGUCUACACUAAAUAUGUUGAUGAAAUUCAAGGAAGCCUUCAUAGUGAAGUUCCAAGUAAAUGCCUUACAAAGCUUUUAUGAUUUUCAAACGAUUUUUGAAAGAGUUUUGGAUCAUAUUUGGGGCAUACCUCAAACAAAUGUUGCCUUAAAAGCUUUAGAACUACUCACAAACACGUUGAGACUCUAUGAUACAGUUCUAGAUACCUGGCAGGAUGAAUGGUAUAAAAAACAUAAUUUGAGUUACAACAAAUGUAUGAUGUAUGCUGCCAGACUGAUAAAUGCUUGUAUAUAUAAUAUUUUGAGGCCAAAAGAUAUACUGCUUUAUGCACUUGACGAGGGCGACAGACUAGCAUACGUAGAACGAACACCGAUUGAAUUAAUGGUUGAAAUAAUGAAUAGGCUGAUAACAGUUGCAGGCUAUGGAUGUUCGUUGCUGUACAAGAUGAAUCCAAGAUUAGUGGCACUUCUCGACUUUUCUCCACCUGACACGAGCAUUAUAUUAGUUUCAAAUGAUUUCAGUGUACCAAAAUUCGAGCUUCCGAUUUCGCACAAUCUAGCUUACGGCAAAUUGCUGUGCUUAGCUCAUUUUUUGUGUAAAGCUUUAGAUGCUUUGCAUAGUGACAAAUCUGAAAAGAACACGCAAGAUGCUGGUAAACAGUAUACCACUAGAUGGGUGGGUCUUGUAGACCAUAGGGUGUUGACAGACCACCUGCCCAAUCAAGAAUUGAGUACCUAUCUGCGAUAUGCUAUGUCCGAGUAUUCCGGUCUAGCAGACCCAUGGAUCCAAAUGUUAGAUCAAAAUAACGUCAGAGUUACUUUGGAAAUUGUCAUGGUAUUUCUGGGGCAGCAAAUAUUCCUGACGAAUACGCUGACUGACCCAAGCCAACGUCCUUACUUCAAAAGGAAUCUAAUGUCUGAGCUACAGUUUUUCUUUGAGUAUGUGAAAAAGCACACGAUGGCUGUAGCCUUCGAAUGCAUGUCUUCUGCAGGUCCCUCGCAAGGACCGAGUAUCUCAAAGAGCGACAUGGAUAUGUUCACAAGAUAUUUGGUACAUCAGAAGCAGAAUGGAUCAGUGAUCACUGAGGUCCUUUCUAAAAAUUUUUGUGUUUGUAUGUGCCACUGGUUCACCCAUAUGUGCCAGUUACAGUAAUUUGUAUCUUCAAUUUUGACGACAUGCUGUUUUGUGUAUUGUUAUGUAUGUAUGAUUUAUAAUUAUGAUAUCAAUGAUUUGUUAAACACCGAUUUUCGAAUAUAUUUUAAUAGCAAAACA